AUGCAAUAAACAUAAACUCCAGAAUAAUUCUCUUUUAUUUGUCAUGAUACUUAACAUAAUUCAAAUCAGAUUAGUAACUUCUAAUAAAGUGCUAUGUAAAUUUUUAUAUUCAUUUUUAGUUUUGGACAAGAUACUCAAGAACCUUAAAAAGAAUUAAAUACUCAAUAUAAUCCAUCAACUCCAAGAUAACAUUUAAAUUAAAUUCUUGAAUCAUUUGGUAGUAUAUUAGCAAGAUAUUUGGCUCUAUAUAUGAUUGGUAUACCAAGUUCAUUAAAAUAAUCUAUUGAAUACUUAAAUAAUAACAUUCAGGACAUGAAAAUGUAUAUCUAUAAUGCAUAAGAAUUGUUUAAUACCAAAAACUAAUCCAAAGAGUUUUAAUUGGCUAGAGAAGAAUAAUGCAAUUAAAUAUAAGCGAUUAUUGAAGCGAUUGAAGAUGGUCAAUGCAAAUAAGCUCUAUCUAAAUUAUUAGGUAAAAUAGAGGAAGUUAGAUUUUCAAGUUAAUAUAUCUUGACAAUUGCACAUAUAGAAAUACUUGAAACUCAAACUAUUUAUUUUCAAGUUAUAGAAAAAGAUCCAAGCAUGAAAACAUUUAUUGAUUUAGUCAAAAAAGAUUCAAUAAUAAUUGCGUAAUAACUUUCCCCUCAUCUUAUUGUACUUAGUGCAGUAUUUAAAGAUUUGCUUAAGUUAGAUAUGAUUCAUUAAAUAUAAUAGAAUAAUUAUAGUCUCUAAAAAUUAGUCUAUCAUAUUCAAUAAUUAAGUAAAGAUUAGGAUAUAUCAUCAUAUUGUUAAUAGAUAUCAAGAAUUUAUCCUAGUAUUCAAGAACACUUUAUAGAAAUAGAAGAAAUUAGAAAUAAAUAAAGAGUUAAUUUUGAAUAUAUUUUAAGCAAUUAAGAUAGAGAUAUUUUAUAAUUGUUCUAUGACAAAUAAAAUGUUUAUGUUCAUUAAUUUCCUUAAGAUAAAUAUCUCCCUGAAGAAAUAUGUGAAUUGAUUUAAUUAACUUAUUUUUUAAUUAAAUAAGGUUAAAUAGAGGCUACAUUUGAAAAAAUAGAAAAUUAGAUCUAAAAAAUAUUAAAAGAUGAAAAGUUUAAAUAAUAUUCAUUCAUUUUUGAUUUGAUUGCUGAUUGCAUAUAUUCAAGUUAAUUGAAAUUGUUAUUUUAUGGAUAUGUAGAAUGUAUUUUAGAUACUAGAUUAGCCAAAUUUACUAGCUAUCUAUAAGCAGAUUUAAUUACAUUAAAUUCUUUAUCUAAAUAAUCAUAAACAAUAUUAAAUGAUUUAUAAUUGUAAUAAUUGAAAGAUAUGCUUUGUAUUACAAAAAGAGAAAAUUUAUAAUUCUAAGAUUUUACUUAAAUUAUUAUUUUAGCAGGUUAAAUAGAAACUUUAGUAGCUUCAAAAUAAAAUGAUACUCUUUUAGAAACAAUUAUAGAAUUAGAAAAUUAGUUAUAUGAAAGUCUUGAAAUUAAUGAAUUAAUUAUAAAUAAAGAACCAUCAGCUUUAUACAUAAGAAUGAAGAAAUUGAAAUCACUUAUGGAAUUAUUUCUUAGAUAUUAUAAAGUUUCAAAUGAGACAUUACAAAGAUUAAUCCUAUAUUAAGAAUAAAUGUUUGAAAAUAAAUAAUCAUCUGCAAUUUUCCAAAAACCUAAAAUAAAAUCUUCUAAAGAAUAAUUAAGUACUGUUCAAAAUCAAAAGAAGACUUAAAAUUGGAUUGACAUGUAGAAUUAAAUAUUAAGUGCAGAUGUAUUAGGAACAGAGAAGAAUUAUUAUAGACCUAGCAUUUAUAAAAUAUUUAUGGGGUUGACUAAUUAAUAAAAAAAUGCAAGUCCUGCAACUUUGUAAAAAAUUUUAAGAAACUUUUAAGCUAAAUAUUAAAAUACAUAUAUAAACUAAAUUCAAAGUGAUUUUGUAAAUUUAUUAAAGGAAAUUAUGUAAUAUUAAAAAGAUAAAUAAGUUAUCUUUGAAACAAAUUUUAGAAGAUAUUAUAAAAAAGAAUUCAAAAAUUAAUUGAUGGAACUACCUAACAACUAAUUUGAAAGUGUGGCUUAUGCAUAAUAAUUGAUUUAAACAAUAGAAAAUUAAUAAAAUAAUUGA